AAGUGAAACUAACAUUCGCACUAGGUAUUAUUUGGUAUUCCAAGACACAAGACCUUCUCAUUUUCUCGUUUGCUGCGGAAAGUUUAAAAAUAGUUAAAUAUAUUCGCUGAUGAACGCUGUGAUAUAAAUUGCCUCGGCUUUCGGUUCUCCGAUCGAACGAGCCUCAUCUCGUAUUUGGAAAAGAUUCCCGCACAAACUCCGAUUAUGGCUUCGAAAAUGACGCUUUCCCAAGCAUUAGGAACAGAUGGAAGCGAUUAUAAUCAUAGGCAAAAGAUUGCAACACACUAUCAAGUUAGUGCAACAAAUAAAUCAAGACUGAAGUAUUGUAUAUUUUUUCACUACUUGUUAUUUUUUGUCAUGCUUGCUAAACUUUCUGCAGAUAUAUUAGAUUACCUAGACAUAUUUAUCUUAGAGGUAGAAGAGCUACAAAUACCACAGCCAUUAUGGUGGGAAUAUAUAUGGUGCACUAGUUUGUUAUUAUCUUUUCUCGCUCUCUCAGCGAUUAAAAGAAAUAAAAUUAAAACACUGCAGAGAUAUAUGAUAGGAAUCGUUUUACUAGGUUAUGGUUCACUGAUAUAUGCUAUUGUAUAUUAUUUUAAGGAUGUCUGGGCAUACUUAACUGUGGGUGAAUCUGCUGAUAUUUUUUUGUGGAAGGAUCUACCAUAUGGCGUACUUUGGUAUGCAUUUAUUCUUUUAGCAUCACAAGUUCAUUUUUUCUCCUUAUUCUUUUCUUGGAAUCUACUGGUUGCCUGGAAAACACGAAGUGCCAAAAAAAUGGAGUGAACCCAAAUAAACGACUACAAACACUGUCAAGUUUGAUAAGUUUGCAUAAGAUAUGCAACAUAUUACAGAUAUUUCAGAAUGUAAACGUUCAUAUUUAUUAU